AACUAAAUUUAUUAUUUUUUUUAAUAAAAAUUGUAUAUUAUUAUUUUAACUGUUUCUAACUAAGUCUAAUUAUUUAACUGAGUUUAAUAAUCUAUUUAAAUUAUCAUCAUGUUGAUUUUUUGAUCAUUAACGUUUCUAACCUCUUUUACGAUCAUUUGACUAACCUUCCUUGAUGUAUCUAUUCAGAUGACAGAUCGCUAUAAGCAAUUCUGAUUUAAAUAAUACGAGGCUUCCAUAUAAUAGAAAUAAUAAAUAAUGAAUGUUCAAAUAAGACAUCCGUAUGAAGGUUUAUUACAUAAAUAUACUAAUGCCAUGAAAGGAUGGCAAUAUCGUUGGUUUAUACUUAGACCAGAAACUGGUGAAUUACAUUAUUUUCUUAGUGAAUCUGAAAAAAAUCAACGACCACGAUGUUCAAUAUAUUUAGCUGGUGCAGUGAUUGCACCAAGUGAUGAAGAUUCUAAUACUUUCACUGUCAAUUCUGCUACAGGUGAUAUGAUAAAAUUAAGAGCAACAGAUGCACGAGCUCGUCAAGAAUGGGUUGACAAACUGCGAGCUGUUACAGAAAUGUAUACUAGAGCAAUAGCUAGUAGUCAUCCUCCUUUACCUCCAAGAGAACAUUCUACCAAUUCCAAUAGAAAUCCAGUUGCUAAACUGGAAGUUUUAGAUGCAUUUGCCAAUUGUCAAGAACAAUUAUGCAAAGUAGAAAAACAUAAUCUUGCAUUAGCACAAACUAUUGAGAACUCAAGUUUAAACUUAGAUCCUGAUUUAUUAGUUCUCAAAGCAACUGCACAUACUACUUUACAUACAUUAAAUCAAUGUCUCAAUAUUUUAUAUCAAUAAUUUAUUAAAAGUUUUAAUAUCAUUGAUCAAAGACAGAUAAAAAUUUGUUUAUCUUUCAUUAUCAAAAUGUAUUUAAUGCAUUUUAAUUAAUUUGUAUAGGAUAUAUUUUAAAUUUGUUACUGACAAUCCAGCUAUAUGAUCUUCCAAUCAGUGCUAAACAACAAUUUGCCUUCUUAUUAAAUAUUAAGUAUUAAUUAAAUAAAAAUAAAAAAAAUUAUUAUGUUUAUAAGACUCUUAAAUAUACCUUUUUAUAUUAAAGAUUGUUUCAAAUCUUUAAAUAAAAAGGAAUUAUAACAUAUAUACACAUAAAUAUAAAUAUAAAUGAGAUUAGAAUUGGAUAAAUAUUUGUGAUUAUUACAUAACAUAUUAAUAAAAAUAUAAAUAAUUAUAUAUGUAUAGUAUAAUUAUUACUAUUAAAGCAUUUAUUAUUAAACAUAAAUGCUUCAAUAAAGAUGAUGUUUAUGAAGAAA